ACUUCCCCUGAGGCACUGUGUGAGCACUGAGGCUGCUGUCCCAGGCUGAGCAGUAAUAGGCAGACUUGUCCUUGGUCUGGAGGCCAGAGAUGGUCAGAGAUGCCAUGUUCCUAACCGGGAGCCAGGGAAUCUCUCUGAGAUCCCUGAGAGUUGGCUGUUUUUCCUGUUGAUCAGGUGUUUGGGGGCAUGGCCCUGGUGCUGCUGCAGCCAGACAGCUCCAUCUUUGCCAACAUUGUUGCUGUCCCCAGUGCAGUACAGGAGAGGGUGACCUUCUGUCCCACGGUCCCUGACACCGAGGCUUCCUGGGUCAGCGCAGACUGUGCCCAGGACCCUGGAACAGAGGAGGCAGGCACAGAGAGGCAGUCACCUGAGCAGAGGGUGAGAAGCUGGAGGAGGAGAGGGGUCCAGGCCAUGGUGGAGAUGCCCCAGGCUCUGCUUCCUAAGCCCACAGCUGAGCAGAACUGCACAGAGUCUCUCUUAUCCUCUCCUCCUAAGAGGGCACAGAGCACCCUUCAUGCAAAUCACACCCCUCCCCCUGCUAUCCCUGGGCCUGACCUUGGGGAAGGUUGAGUGUGGGGUGGGGCUAGGGGAGCCUCUUCUGCCCCUGGGAGGUCCCAGCUGCUGGGCCCCAGAAAGCACAGAGCAGAGGGCCCAGGGUAGGGGUCCAGGGCCUGGUUUCCCAGUUGAAACCCCCACAGACCCUCAGGGACAGGCCACACUUCCCUCCACUGUCUCAGAGCCCAGGUUCAUUCCUGACUGGCUUGAAGGUCCUCAGCACUGCCUUGCGCACACCAUCCCCACACAGAGGCAGCGCUCAUGCCCCUCCACCCCCACCCCAGGCUCUUUGUGCUGCAGGUGCUCACCACAGCACAUUUCUCGCUGCAAGAUGGGCCUCCUCAGCAUGAAGUCAUCCUCUGCUUCUUCCCCAUUUAGAUUUUUGUGUGGUUGGGGACAUAGGUGAGUGAGCCUCAGAGAGAACAUGUCCUGCACCCAGUGGCCAGGAGGGCAGGAGGGUUAACAACCCUCCCCAGCCUCCAUAUGGGCCUGAGGGCACCCACUUCUCUCUCUCAUCACACUCCACAUCCCCCCGUGGGAGGCCGGGCUCCAUGACCCUCAUCACUGUCCUCAUCACACCCUUGAUGGGGUGAGACCCUUAAUGAAAAUGCACAGGGAAAUUAUUCAAGAAGAGACCAUCAUUAUGAAAGAGAGAAAAGUCUGCUUCUCUUAUGGAUACUUGGACCUGAGGAAGAUGACCAAGGUCGCCACUCUCCCCAGAGACAGCCCAGAGAGGGGCCACCAGGGUGACUAGGCACCAGACUCCUCCCAAAUUAUUUCUUGCAUGAGAUCCAAGAACCCUCUCUUGGGAUCUGAAUCAGGACCCCUUUCCAGUAACACCUGCAGGAAGCACAUCCUGGCCCCUUCCCUGCUCCACUGACUGGAGGCACAGGCCAAGGUCCAUGGAGGUGAACCACCCAGCACCCCUCAGCCUCUUGGAACUUGCAGCCCACAGCCUGCUGAGCAAUGAGGCUUCAGUUCCACUGGUGUUGGAACAGCUCACAGUGAACCUUUUCCCGCCUCUACUCACUGCUGCAUUUGCCAAGGGGCACAGAAAGGCUCUGAAGGCCUUGGUGCAGGCCUGGCCCUUCCGGUUUCUCCGUCUGGGCUCUCUGAUAGUGCGGUGGCCCAACCAAGACAGCCUGCAAGCUGUGGUGGAUGGGCUGGAGGCCUUUUCUGCCCACAGGGCUUGUCCCAGGAAGUCGGAACUGAGGAUGCUGGAUUUCACCCUGGACUCUGAGCAAGUCCUUUACUGUGGUAAAGGGGCUUCUGAAGCCUUGGCCAAGUUCCCAUUUUGGUUACCAUCAGCAGUCAAGGCAGAGAUGCCCCAGGCCACGGCCAGGCCCAAGCCAGCAAAGAACACGAGAAAAGGACGAAAGCAGCCAUGGGAAGCAGUGGAAAUACACAUUGAUCUUUUCCUGUGAGGCUUCUUCAAGUUAGAUAAGUUCCUCUCCGACCUCCUGACGAAAGUGGAACAGAGCCACGGGGCCCUGCAUCUCUGCUGUAGGAAGUUGCACGUUGAGAAGAUGGCCGUCGACAGUCUGCUGAGGAUCCUGAAGACACUCAGGCUGGAUUUCAUCCAGGAGCUGGAGGUGUUUUACUGGUGUAGAGACUUCUUGGUAUUGGCAGAGCCAAACCUAUCUGCCAUACAGCUGGGAAGGAUCUUCAACCUGCGCAGCCUCAAGCUCUUCUACUACAAGUGGGCCUUCUCCUCAUGGGUCAGGCGGCCCUCCAGCUACUUCUUCUCCCAGCUCACCAUGCUGGGCCACCUCCAGAAGCUGCACCUGUCUCACUGCUACCUCGUAGGCAAACUACAUUACAUACUCAGCUGUCUGUGGGUCCCACUACAUUCCCUGGAGAUCUGCAACUGCAAGCUUCUGGACACUGACAUCACCUACUUGUCCCGGAGCCAUCAUACCACCUGCCUGAAGAAGCUGGAUCUGAGUGUCAACGACCUGUCCUACAUGAUCCCUGGGCCCUUGGGGACCCUGCUGAGGGCGGUCUCAGGGACACUGCAGCACCUAGACCUGAAACACUGCUGGCUGAAGGAUGCCCACCUGAGUGCCCUCCUGCCCGCCCUGUGCCGCUGCUCCCACCUCAGUUCCCUGAGCCUCUCCGACAACCCCAUCUCCACUGCCUGCCUCCUGAGCCUGCUGGAGCACACGAUGGGGCUGAUGGAGCUGAAGCAGGUACUCUAUCCCAUCCCAGUUGACUGCUGCAUCUACCUGCAUGGCAUCUGCCAGGGUCCUGUGAACGAGGACAAGCUGUGCCAGUUGCAGGCCGAGAUACAGAAGCAGCUGCAAGCCAUGCAGCAGGCUGACAUGCAGUGGAGCCCCUCCACUGUCUUUGCUUAUGCAGCUGGUGCAGUCUGAAUGAAGAACAGGAGCCAGGCUCAGGGAACAGAAGUCAGAGAGGGCAGCUGGAAUCACAGCUGAGGCCACAUGUUGUUUGCAAGGAACAUAAAAUAAACUUCCAUGGGAACU